AUGCCAGGCGCCCACAUGCUGGCGCCGGCGUCUCCGCGCUCGGACGCCGCCAGCGGCCACGACACGGACACACCGGGGACCUCGACUCGCGCCAAGCGCAAGUUCUCGCACACGACGGUGGAGCAGCGCCAGUGUCUGCUCGAGUGGCUCGAGCUGCCCGGCAACUUCGAGCUGCUCACCAAGCCCUCCGGCUCCUCCAGCUCCAAUACCGGUACAACCCCCACCACCACCCACGCCAUCGCCAACGCCAACCUCAACGCGCCCAAGAAGCUCAAGAAGAUCGACGGCUACCGGUCGCUGGCCCAGUACAUGAACCGCGUGGCACACACCCAGUGGACGGACAAGACGGCGCGCAGCCGCUUCGAGAGCCUCAUCGCGGCCUUCCGCAAGGCCAAGCGCGAGGACUCGCACAAGCUGCAGUCCGUCUACCAGCGGCUCGACGCGCUCUACUGCAGCCCCGAGGGGGACGCCCCUGCCGGUGAGACGCGGUUUCGGUCUGAGAGUCUCGGCCAGAGGUCCGAGAGCAGCAGGUCCCCACACAGCGACGUGAACGUGAGCUUCAGCGAGCUCAAGACCUUCGUGAACGAGGAGCAGAGAGCCAUGUCGCCCCCCAGGCGGAGAGCCAGGUACAUGGACGAGAGCGUCUUCGUCACGUCCACGCCGACGUUGACUGCCGAGGUGGGCGCCGAGGAGAGCGUCACGCCCGCGCCCUUGGAGCCUCCAACCACCGCCACGACGACGACGACGUCCAUGAGCUCGCAGACGUUGGAGACGGUGUCGAUGAGUGCGCAGACAGCGACGUCGGUGGAGCCUUCGGCUUUGACCGCCACGUCGAGUGUGCAGCUGGACCAGGCGGCCAUGCUGGAGAGCCAGCGACUCGCCGUCCGGCAACAGGAGCUCGAGCUCAAGCAGAGCGAGCUGCGGGCUCGACAGGAGGAGAACAGACACAAACUGCGCGCCGAAGUGCUGACGAGGCUGGUCGAGGCGGGCAAGUCGCCGGCCGAAGUGCGCGAGUACCUGGCCAUCAUGGACCCCGUGGAAACCCCAAUACAGCCUCCGCCGACGCGCCGCUGA